CCGUCGUAAUAGUUCUAUCGAAUCGUGAUCCGUACCUACGGUCACCGAACCGCCGCUCUCCUGUUCAGUAAAACAUCUGUUCCUUUAACCUCUCACCCAUUUUCGUUUUAAAAAUACGAUCGAGUGAUCAGCCCUCUCUUGCGGCCAGGCCAGUUGAGGAGAAAAUUUCUCUCCCGACCAUUUAUCCCUUCGAGAGAGUUCUUUUUCGACCUCAUCUCCCGCCGACGACCGUUCGCCAUGGCUCACAGGAUAUUUCACAAGAUCAACAACGUUACCCAGUACCUAGCUCGUUCCUACGGCGUAGACGCACGGAAAGUGACUUUGAUCCCCGGCGAUGGAAUCGGUCCUGAAAUAUCGGCCGCUGUUCAGAAGAUUUUCGAAGCCGCCAAAACUCCAAUUGAAUGGGACGUAGUUGAUGUUACUCCUGUAAAAGCACCAGAUGGUACAAUGAAAAUACCAUCUAAAGCUAUUGAAUCGGUGAAUACCAAUAAAAUUGGAUUAAAAGGACCUCUUAUGACACCAGUUGGAAAAGGUCAUCGCUCAUUGAACUUGGCGCUUAGAAAAGAAUUUAAUUUAUACGCCAAUGUUAGGCCCUGUCGCUCACUUGAGGGUUAUCCUACAUUGUACGAGAAUGUUGAUGUGGUAACAAUUCGUGAAAAUACUGAAGGUGAAUAUUCAGGCAUCGAACACGAAAUUGUUGAAGGAGUUGUACAAUCCAUCAAAUUGAUCACAGAAGAAGCUUCAACCAGGGUAGCUGAAUUUGCUUUUAAAUAUGCUGUUGAAAAUAAACGAUCCAAGGUCACUGCUGUACAUAAGGCUAACAUAAUGAGAAUGUCUGAUGGUUUGUUCUUGAGGUGCUGCCGUAUGGCAUCUUCAAAGUACCCACAAAUCAAAUUUGAAGAAAAAUACUUAGACACCGUAUGUUUGACUAUGGUACAAGAUCCAAGUCAUUAUGAUGUUUUGGUAAUGCCUAAUUUGUAUGGUGAUAUAUUGUCAGAUAUGUGCGCCGGUUUGGUCGGUGGUUUAGGUCUGACACCCAGUGGAAACAUUGGCAGCAACGGUGCUCUGUUUGAAUCUGUUCAUGGAACCGCUCCAGAUAUAGCCGGCAAAGACUUGGCCAAUCCUACCGCCCUUCUGUUAUCAGCUGUAAUGAUGUUGCGUCACAUGGAACUUAACAGCCAAGCUGACAUUAUUCAAAAAGCUUGUUUUGAAACAAUCAAAGAAGGCAAAUACAGAACUGGAGACUUGGGCGGAAAAGCAAAGUGCUCUGAAUUUACAGAUGAAAUUUGCCGUAAAGUUCAAGAGUCCUCUUAACUUCUUGUUAAGUAAUAAUGUUGGUCCAUCAAUUUUAAUUAUUGUAUUUGUGUAUAUUUAUUUUGUGAAAAAACUAGGCCACACAGAUUAGCAAUAACCCUCUCGAGUUUUUCGUGUUUGUUCCUUUCUAUUUAAAUAUAAAAAUAAUAUUUAAUCCAGUUAUUGUAUAAUUUAACUAGGAUUUUUAUGAAAAUGAUGUUUUUUACUAGUACUGAGUCAUUAUUUCUGUGAUAAAUAUUUAGAAGGAAAACCAUUCGUAAAGUUUUUAACAGUCAUUUCCCAUUAAUUCAUUUAUCACAUAAUUAGUUCGUUGAUUUUCUAUAUAAUCAUCAUAUUUUAUAAUUUUCAAGAUCAAAAAUAUCUAUCACCCAUGACUUGAUGUACUAUUAACAAUAAAUCAUUUGCUUUACAAUUUCAUUAUUGUUGUUAUUAUUAUUUAUUUAUUUAUUUAUUAUUGAUAUACAAAUUAUUGUCUUAAAAAUUGUUGCGAUAUUCGACAUAUUUUAUGUACUUAAUGAUAGUGCUGUUAAUCAUUAAAUAAAAUACACUUUUCAAACAAUUGACAAAAUAUAUAUGCUCAGCAAAUAUUGCAAUAAUUAUAAAUGUGCAUAAUGAAUAAGUCUUUGUUCUUUGUUAAUGAGAGUAUGAAAGUAUUAGAUACAUGUGCCUAGUCACUAGACGGUAUUAUUAAAUAUUUUAAUAAAAUAAAAUUUUGUUAUUUUACUGAAA